AUGUCAACAGCCAAAUUAGAUUUUGUUAGAGAGUAUGAAAAGGAAAUACAAAAACAAUGGAAAGAUAACAAGACAUUUGAGGUGGACGCACCAGUCGACAAGACCAAUGUCGAAGAGCCAAAGUACAUGGCCUCUUUCCCAUACCCAUAUAUGAACGGUAGAUUGCACAUUGGUCACGUAUUCACCGUCACCAAAGCUGAAUUCAUGUGUCAAUUCCAACGUCUCAAGGGCAAGCGUGUCUUGUUCCCAUUUGCAUUCCAUUGCACCGGUAUGCCAAUCAAGGUCUGUGCUGACAAGUUGAAAAAGGAAAUGGAAGAGUUUGGUACUCCACCAGUAUUCCCAAUUGAUGAACCAGAAAAGGUCGUUGAAAAAGUAGCAAUUAAAGAAGAUCCAUUACAAUUUAAAUCAAAUAAAUCAAAGGUAAAGGCAAAGACUGGGGGUAUUGCGAGACAAUGGAAGAUUAUGCAAAGUUUGGGAAUCACAGACGAGGAGAUUCCAAAGUUUGCCGAUACUACCUAUUGGUUGAACUACUUCCCACCACACUGCAAGGGAGAUUUGGAGUCGAUUGGUAUGGGUAUUGACUGGCGUCGUUCGUUUAUUACGACCGAUGUCAACCAAUACUAUGACAGUUUUGUGCGUUGGCAAUUCACUGCUCUCCGCGAGCAAGACAAGGUUAAAUUCGGUGAGAGAUACUCGAUUUGGUCGACCACUGACAACCAACAAUGCGCCGAUCACGAGCGUUCCCAAGGUGAGGGUGUGCAACCACAAAACUAUACAUUGAUCAAGUUGGAGGUUGUCGAGCCUGCUCCAGCCGUCUUGGCACCCAUUAUGGCUGCCGGCAAAAAGGUGUAUCUUGUGCCAGGCACACUCCGUCCAGAGACCAUGUACGGUCAGACCAACUGCUGGGUGUUGCCAACCGGAAAGUACGGCGCAUUCGAGAUGAAGGACGGAUCGGUGUUUGUGUGUACCGAGCGAUCAGUGCGCAACAUGGCCUACCAAGGCUUGACCAAGGUGCGUGGACAGUUUGACAAGUUGGCCGAGUUUACCGGUCAAGACUUGAUUGGUGCAUCGCUCAAGGCUCCAUUGGCCAUCAACCCCAUCGUCCACGUCCUCCCAAUGCUUUCGAUCGACGAGAACAAGGGUACUGGUGUCGUCACCUCGGUGCCAAGUGACUCGCCAGACGACUAUGCCACCUUGGUCGACCUCAAGCUCAAGGAGCCAUUGCGUAAAAAGUUUGGCGUCAAGGACGAGUGGGUGCUCCCAUUCGAGGUCAUCUCGAUCAUUGAUAUCCCGGGCUACACCGAGACUGAAGCAUGUGCCGUGCGUGCCUACCGCGAGUUCCAAGUCAAGUCACAAAACGACCGUGACCUCUUGGACAAGGCCAAGGACUUGUGCUACCAAAAGGGAUUCAACGACGGUGUCAUGGCCGUCGGUCCAUACAAGGGCGAGAAGGUCAGCGUCGUCAAAAAGACCAUCAAGGACGAGAUGGUUGCCAGCGGACAAGCUGUCAACUACUCUGAGCCCGCCGGAAAGGUCGUGUCGCGUAGUGGAGACGAGUGUGUCGUCGCACUCACCGACCAAUGGUACAUCAACUAUGGUGAAGAGGACGAGCAAUGGCGUCAAAGCGUGCUCAAGAACUUGGCCACCAUGGAACUCUUUUCGCCAGAGACAAGAAAGCGUUUCGAGAUUGCACUCGGUUGGUUGGGUCAAUGGGCCUGUUCACGUUCCUUUGGUCUCGGCACCAAGUUGCCAUGGGCCCAAGAAUUCUUGAUCGAGUCACUCUCUGACUCGACCAUCUACAUGGCAUUUUACACGAUUGCUCAUAUCCUCCAAUCCGACUUUAACGGACAGGUACAAGGUAGCGGCAAGAUCGCACCACCACAAAUGUCCAAGGAGGUGUGGGAUUACGUCUUGUUGAACGGUGAUUUGGAAAAGGCUCAUUCGACCUCGCAAAUUGCAAAGGACACCCUCACACUUAUGAAGCGUGAGUUUAACUAUUGGUAUCCAUUGGAUCUCCGUGUCAGUGGUAUCGAUCUCGUCCAAAACCAUCUCACCUUCUUCCUCUACAACCACGCCACUCUCUUCCCCGAACACCACCAACCACGCGGUAUCCGUGCCAACGGGUUUGUCUUGUUGAACGGUGAGAAGAUGAGCAAGUCGAGCGGAAACUUUUUGACCUUGUUUGACGCUGUCGAAAAGUACUCGGCCGACGCCACCCGUGUCGCUCUUGCCGACGCCGGAGACGGUGUUGAAGACGCCAACUUCCUCGACAAGACUGCCUUGUCUGCAUUGUUCAAGCUCCACACUCAAGUCACCUGGGUCGAGGAAAUGCUCCUUGCUCAAGACAAGAUGUACACUGGCGCACCCACCCGUGCCCAAGAUAUCGUCUUUGCCAGCGAGAUUAACCGUGCCAUCAAGCAAGCCGAAGACGCCUACGAAAAGAGCCAGUUCCGUGAAGCCCUCCGUAUCGUCUUUUUCGACUUCCUCGCCUCGCGUGACUACUACAAGUCGGUGCUCGACUCUGUCGAAAACAUGUCCAAGGAGCUCAUCAACCGUUUCAUCGAGGUGCAAGCCAUCCUCAUGUACCCCAUCGCCCCACACUUUUCACAAAAGAUUUUCAACUUGAUUGGCAAGGGCGACAUUACCAACGCCCGUUGGCCACUCGCCACCGACGUCGAUGUCAUGGCACUCCGUCAAAACGACUACCUCAAGUCGACCGCCUACGACGUUCGUACCAAGAUCAACAUCUUCCUCAAGUCCAAGAACAAGGGAGGCAAGACCGACGCCAAGGCUGAAAAGGCUGUCAUCUACAUUAGCAAGACCUAUCCAAAGUGGAAGAUCCACACACUCGACUAUCUCUCCAAGAUCUACGACGCUGAAAACAAGUGUUUCACCAAGGAGACUGCCACCAUCUUGGAAGACCUCAAAAAGGAAGACGAACUCAAGUCUCAACUCUCCAACAUUAUGCAAUUCAUCCGUGUCGUCGAAGCCGAGAUCAAGUUGAAUGGUAGCCAAGCUCUCGAAACUACUCUUCCAUUUGCCGAAGAUCAAGUCAUUACCUCCAACAUGGACUAUCUCAUCCGUUCACUCGAAUUGACUUCCAUCGAAGUAAAGGAAGCCUCUGAACAAGAUCUUAAACAAAUCAAGGGUCAACCUCCUACCCCAGGUAAACCUUCUCUAAUCAUUUCCUAA